AUGGCAACAAAAGAGGACGUACCGAAAAACGACUCAAAAACUGUUCAAGUGACCGUUGUGAUUCUUUAUAAUGGAACGUACACAGGAGACACAAAAACGGAUCCUGCAUUAGAGAUAUUGGAAAUAGUUUUAUUGGUGAUUGUCUUCCUGAUCUCUUUUGUAACCAAUCUCUUCCUUCUUGUCACUAUUGCAUCAAGUUACACAUUGAGAAGAGUUCCUUUUAACAUGCUCUUUUCAAACUUGUGUGCGGUAUUUCUGCUGGAGAGCCUUUGGAACAUGAUUGUUGCAAUAAUCUAUGUGUCCAUGGAUACUUGGAAACUUGGGGCUGUAGGUUGCGCCUUUAGCUCUUUUAUGGUACAACUUGUGACACUGGAAGUAACUUUUUCUGUUUGUCUCAUGUGUGCAGAGGGCAUGGUGUCUGUAUGGCAGCCAUUUCGUUUUCAAAGUUAUUUAACCAUCAAGAAACAAAUAGUCGUCAUAGUGACCAUGUGGACAGCAGGUAUUUUGUUGUGUAUCCCUCUUCUGGUGAAAUCAAUGACAUCUCACCUAUUUCCCUCCAGAUAUAAUUGCGCCUCAGCAGGUCACGAUGGAUUUGUACAUGCUUUAUUCCUGACUAUAUGGUGCUACUGUCUGAUGAUAGCGAUUGGAUUUGGCUGUUUAUUGAAUCUUGGGAUUCGGCAAUGUAAAGAGUACAGAAUUCAAAAAAAGAAAAACGCUGCUAAUUAUUCAAAUGUUUUUAUGCAAGGUGAUUUGUGGACUGAAUGGGUUAAUUUUAAGUUAGUAGCAUGGCUUUCCUUAUUUUACUUAUUGCUUGAGUUACCUUAUAUAAUCAUUCAUCAAGCAGGGGCUUUGAGGACAUCGCCUAGUGAAUGUGACAACCAAAAUGCUACUUUAUCCUCACCUGUAACUGAAUGUACACCUAAAUAUGAAACAGUUUUUACUUGGUUCAGAUUCAUCUAUUCUUUCCUCUUCGCAUUAUUAGUCUUCAUUAUGCGUAAAGACAUUCGAGCAAAAUUUAAAGCUCUAUUCAGUUGUUGCCAUGGCAAUGUAGUUAGAGACAAUUCUGCUGGUCCAGUUGUUAGACAUGAAAACAAAAAACCUCCCAAAACUAACAAGAAAGACUCUGUCAUGCCUCUGAGUCUAAAUACUCCUGUACUCUAUAUCUCACCUGAUGGUUUGUGCCUGAGGCAAUUAGAUCCAUCUUCAAAAGUGUCUAAUAAGAAUUCAAAACUUAAUGGCAAUGAUCAACCAAAAUUCGUGAGUUACUUAUGUGAUCUUGAUAGUUCCUAUUCUACAGAAGACUUUACGAAUGGUUCACAGAGUAGUUUGAACUCUGAAACUAAUUUUGAAAGAAGACUCUCAAAGGAGUCUGAAAUCACUCUUCCAGACAUGGGGACUGGUUCCUCAGACAAUCGCUUGUCUGAAAUACCGAUGAAAGAUAUUCAGGUGAUAGAUUUAGAACCUGAACUAGAGGCAAAACAUCCGCCUCCUAAAAAAUCAGUUAGAUUUGCUGAUACUGUUACUAUUUUCCACACUUUGUCAGGUAGUGAAACUCCAGAAUGGGUUGUAAGUACGAAAAAAACAGCUAAUGUCCGAAAAAGAAGAGGAUCAAGAAUUCCAACAAGAAUACGUAGAACCGACAGUGUAAGUCCUUGGAAAAAGGAAUUAAAUUCAACUUAUAGGGUGAACAGUCCUGUUAUAGAGCCAAAAGUUUUAAAGCAAAUAGUAAACGAAUCCAAAUUAGGUUCCGGAACGAGGUCAAACAGUUUGCCUAGAAACAACAAUUUGAAUAACAGAAACAAAAUGAGGAGAAGAAGUAGUAUGUCACCGCCUCAGUGGAAAAUCAAUAAAUUAUCAAACUGA